CCCCCCGCCACGGGGCAGGAGGCACCGUCCUGGCAUGGCCCCACCGGUCAUCUGAUCCCGCCCCUUCCCAUGUCCCAGCCGGCCGGCUAUAAAUCCGUGACCCCAGUGCCCAGCCACGGAGAGCCCUGUGCUCCGGCCUCGCUCACCGCCAUGGGACGGAGCUGCUCCUUCCUCCUGCUGCUGCUCCUCCUGCCCCCGGGGCCAGGAGCCGCCUUCUCGCUUCUCCAGUACCGUUAUGAUUGCGGGGACUACAGCAUGCAGCUGCUGGUGUACCCCACCCACGGCCGCACCGUCCGCUUCAAAGUUGUGGAUGAGUUCGGCACCCGUUUUGACGUGGCCAACUGCUCCAUCUGCCUCCACUGGCUCAGCGCCGGGGCAGACGGCGCUGUCGUCUUCUCCGCCGGCUACGAGGGUUGCCACGUCCUGGUGAAGGAGGAUCGCUAUGUCCUGAGGGUGCAGCUGGAGGAGAUGCUGCUCAGCGGGGUUCUGGCUGCUUCCUAUGAAGUCAACAUGACCUGCCCACAGACAGGGGACUACGAGAUCCUCACGGACAGCAACAUGCGCACUGAGCACCGGGCCGGCCGGGGCAACAGUGUCCACCAGACCCAUACUGACAUCCUUGUCCCCCUGUCCCAGCCUGGCCUCCUGCACCAUGUGUCCCAGUCCACCCUCACCCGCCCAGGACCCCAGGUCCCUUCCCAAGCCCACUCGGAACAGGUUCACCCCGUGGCUCAGACCCAGCCCAUCCUGGUGCAUCCCGGGCUGCAGCCCCAACCCCAGCCCAGCCUGGUUCGCCCAGGGCUUCAGCCCCAGCCAGGCAUGAAUCACCCCAUCAGUCAACCCCAGCGGGACUUAAUACGCCCAGGCGUGCAACCCCCAGCCCAGCCUGGGCUGCUGCACCCCGGAGCUCAAACCCAGACGGGGCUUCUCCGUCCAGGGCUUCAGACCCAAAACCAGCCUGGGCUUGUGCACCCCGGGGCUCAAACCCAACCAGGUCGUCUUCGCCCGGGGCUUCAGACCCAAAACCAGCCUGGGCUUGUGCACCCCGGAGCUCAAACCCAACCAGGUCAUCUUCGUCCAGGGCUUCAGACCCAAAACCAGCCUGGGCUUGUGCACCCCGGGGCUCAAACCCAACCAGGUCAUCUUCGUCCAGGGCUUCAGACCCAAAACCAGCCUGGGCUUGUGCACCCCGGAGCUCAAACCCAACCAGGUCAUCUUCGUCCAGGGCUUCAGACCCAAAACCAGCCUGGGCUUGUGCACCCCGGGGCUCAAACCCAACCAGGUCAUCUUCGUCCAGGGCUUCAGACCCAAAACCAGCCUGGGCUUGUGCACCCCGGGGCUCAAACCCAACCAGGGCUUCUUCGUCCAGGGCUUGUGCCCCAAAACCAGCCUGGGCUUGUGCACCCCAGAGCUCAAACCCAACCAGGUCAUCUUCGUCCAGGGCUUCAGACCCAAAACCAGCCUGGGCUUGUGCACCCCGGGGCUCAAACCCAACCAGGUCAUCUUCGCCCAGGGCUUCAGACCCAAAACCAGCCUGGGCUGGCGCUCCCUGGCGUCCAGUCUGGCUUAAUGCACGCUAGUGCUCAGGCUCAAGGAGGCUUUGUACGCCCAGGAUCUCAGCCCCAAAGCCAGCCGGGCUUAGUUCGCCCCGGCCUUCAGACCCACUCCCAGGCUAGUCUCCUCCGCCCUGGGCUCCAGAGCCAAGCUGGGCUGCCUCACCCCGGCUCCCAGUCCCAGGCAGGCCUGGUGCGCCCGGCUCUCCAGAGCCAAGCCAGGCAGGUACAUCCAGGCCAUCCCCGACCAGGUCUAGUGCCCCCGGGAUUUCAGUCCCGACCAGGUUUGGUACGCCCUGGACUUCAGGCUCAGCCCCAGCCAGGUCUGGUGCGCCCGGGAUUGCAGCCCCAAGCCCAGCCUGGCUUGCUGCACCCCGGGCUUCAAUCCCAGGCCAGUCUGCUGCAAUCCACGGCUCUCUUCUACCCCUCCGCAGGGGCAGGCACCCAGCUGACGCGGGAGCAGUGCCAAGUGGUGGUGGGGAAGAUGCCCUGCAUGGCACCGCAGGGCCGGGAAGCAUGCCUGCAGGCGGGCUGCUGCUACGAUGACAUGGACCGCGUCGUGCCCUGCUAUUAUGGGAACACGGCCACCGUGCAGUGCCUGCUGGACGGGCACUUUGUCCUGGUGGUGCCGCGGGGCCUCACCACCCAGCCCUACAACCUGGACAGCGUGCGCCUCGCCAGCACCCAGGCCGGCUGCGAGCCCGUCAGGGUGACGGAGACCUUCGUCAUGUUCCGCUUCCCCGUCACACAGUGCGGCACCACAGUCCAAGUGAUCGAGGACCGACUGAUCUAUGAGAACCAGCUGAUCUCUACCAUCGAUGUCCAGGGGGCCCCCCGCGGCUCCAUCACACGGGACAGCACCUACAUCCUUCAGGCUCGUUGCAUCUACAAUGCCAGCGACCUCCUGCCGCUCCGCAUGGAGGUGGCCGUGCCCCCCACGGCCGCCCCCCUGGCCAUGCCCGGACCACUGGGGCUCCAGCUCCGCAUCGCCACCGACGAGAGCUACACCUCCUACCACCCCGACGGCGACUACCCCUUGGUGAGGGUGCUCCGUGAUCCCAUCUACGUGGAGGUUCGCCUCCUGCAGAAGACGGACCCCAACCUGGUGCUGGUCCUGCACCACUGCUGGGCGUCCCCCAGCACUGACGCCGCGGCUGAGCCCCAGUGGCCCAUCCUGGUGGACGGGUGCCCCUUCACAGGGGACAACUACAGGACUCAGCUCGUGCCGGUGGGACCGGCCUCGCCGCAGCUGCCCUUCCCAAGCCACUACCAGCGCUUCGCCGUCUCCACCUUCACCUUCGUGGAGCCCCCUUCCAUGGCAGUGCUGGAGGGAGAGGUGUACAUUUCAUGCAGCGCUUCCGUGUGCCACCUCGCCCAGCCCGAGCCCUGCCGGCCCUCCUGCCAGCUGGGAGUGCCCUCACGAGCGCGGCGGUCUCUGGGGUACAAGAGGACAGCCGAAGCCAUGACCACAGCCACCUCCCAAGGACGUAUCAUCUUCCCAAAGGUCCCCAAGCUGCGGCGAGGCUGAGCCUGGAGCCAGAUGCCGCCCGACAGCUCCAGGCAAGCGGGAUAAAUAAACCAGUGCAAAGCAGGGCUCAGGCUGGAGGCUGUGCUCGUGGUUUGUCCCUGGGGGACGGGAGGAAAGAGGAAGGGCCCUUGUCCCCAUCCCGGAGCCGGCAGCACCCACAGCUCCCUCCUCAGCGCCGCUGGCUGGGGGCUGUGACCCCCGUCCCCGUCCCACCCCACGCUUCUGCCUGCACUGUCGGAGCCUCCUCGCCUCGGUGAUACAUCCCGGCCCUUCACAGGAGCCCUCCGUAUUCCCGGGACGACACUGGCACACACCGCUACGGUGAAUAGUU